CGUGUUCAUGCGUCUUUUGACUUGGUGUCCUUCUAAUAAAAGUAAUAUGUAAACUUUUCAAGUUCGAGCAACGAUGUCAGUGGAUUAGUACGUGCUAUGUAAUUUCUGUAUGUUAGCUGAAAGCCGUAUUGGUUUAUAAGCAUGUGAGCUUCUGAGCAUGAAUAGUCAUAGAGGCGAGAUCACAUACGGCAGUACCGAGUCUAUCGACCAUAGAAGUUCAUCACCGCUAUCAAAGUUACAGGGAUUGGAAGACACUUGCAGGCAGCAACACUCCAGUGAGAAAAUGGUUCAGGAUUUUGAUGAUGUUCUGCCGCGGAUCGGCAGCUGGGGACGCUACCAAAAGUUGUUAUUCUGGCUAGUGUGUAUCCCUGCAUGCAUUCCGUGUGCAUUCCAGGGAUAUGUCACCAUUUUCCUCCUUGCCGUGCCGGACCACUGGUGUCACGUGGAAGAACUGAAGGAGUAUGCUGAUGAUGACAAAAAGGGCUUGAGCAUACCCAUUGAGUACAAGCAAGGAGUGGAAAGUUAUGCUCAGUGUGUUAUGUACGAUGCAAACUACAGCGAACUUGUAGCACAAAAUGGCAGUUGGCAACCUGAUAUGUCGUGGCCAAUUAUUGAUUGCGACGAUGCAUGGGACUUUGACCAGACUCUGUACGACUCCACGACCAGUACCGCUUGGGAUAUCGUUUGUGAUCGGGUUUGGAUAACGCCCCUGGUUUUCUCCAUCAUCUCUCUCGGGAACUUGUGUGGAAAUUACAUCUUUGGAUUCCUACAGGACAGACUUGGACGAAAACUUUCAUUCUUCAUAUGCCUCACGCUGCAGCUUGUUGCUGCGGUUGCCUCGGCUUUCGCACCGGAACCAAUCAGCUUUACUUUCUUCCGCUUCCUGGUCGGCCUCACGAUCCCUGCAAUAUUCACUAUUCCAUUCGUGAUAGGUAUCGAGUUGGUUGGGCCAGAGAAGCGAAGCUUCACCACAUUGAUGCAGUGCAUGGCGUAUUCAGUCGGCUUGUGUCUACUGCCCGGAGUUGCAUACCUAGUGCGUGAAUGGAGACAUCUCGCUCUCGCUACUUCCCUGCCGUUUGCAAUUUUUUAUGUGUACUGGUUCUUUAUGCCCGAGUCGGCCCGGUGGUUGAUGGCAAAUAAUAAAGUAGCCGAGGCCGAGAGAUUAGUGCAAAAAAUUGCCAAAGUUAAUGGUAAAGAAAUACCGGUAAACAUACUUUCGGAGAACUUAAACCCUAAAGAAGACACAGCAGGCAUAGAUGAUGGAAAUGAGGAAGCGCCACAAACGGCCAGAAAAUACAACUUCAGGGACUUGUUCAGGACUAAGAAUCUACGAAACAAGACCUUACUAAUUUCGUUCAUUUGGUUCGCAAACUCUACAGUGUACGUGGGUCUAAACCUGUACAUUCCAUUACUGGGAAGCUCGGAUUAUCUGAACAUGCUUCUGUCAGCCCUGGCAGAGAUGCUAGGAUACCCGUUUCUGUGGCUCGUCCUAGAUCGCUGGGGACGUCGCGGCCCGCUCUGCCUGGCCAUGGUCGUUUCUGGCGUGGCCUGUAUCACGACAGUGCUGGUGCCGCUGGACGACGACCAUCUAUGGAUAACUAUAAUGUUGACAGUCAUCGGAAAGUUCGGCAUAUCUGCGUCGUUUGUUGACAUAUACCUAAUCGCGGGAGAAGUGUACCCGACAGUGGUGCGUGGUCUGGGCACCGGUUUUAGUCAAUUCGUUGCAGCGCUGGGCACGAUAGCAGUGCCUUAUGUCGUCUACAUAGGUAAAGACUAUCAGACUUUUAUAUAA